AUUUUUUUAUUUUUUUUGGGAAUAUUCCUCUUUCUGCAGCUCUACCUGUCCCUCUCACAGCGAAACAGCUGCGGAAGCACACCACGCCCUCUAGUCUCUGACGACAGGCCCAACAAAGCAUCGUCUUUCGCUUAGAUCUAACCAAAUAACCAAACUACCAGCUUCCAAUACCAAGUAUAAACUCCUCAAAUUACCCCAUUUUUUUUCCCCAAUAAUUAUGUGAUUUGCCUGAUACCGUAACCGUCGGCAGAUUUCAGGGAAGCCGCUGUUGAAUUUUAUGGCGCCAGUUCUGGCAACCUAAAGCGGUUAUCUCAAGCUCUAAAACUGGAGGAAAGUGUCGGAGGAUGGCGAUGAUUGAGAUGGAAGAAGUUUCUCAAAACAGUGAGCAACUGCUUGAGGAGGAAGGUGAUGAUCUUGAAUUUGAUAGCAAUAACCUAGACAUUGAAGGCAAUGGCCUUGAAAUUGAGGGGAAUGGCCUUGAGAUUGAGGGAAGUGGCCUUGAAAUUGAGGACAAUGGCCUUGAGAUUGAAAGCCAUGACCUUGAAACCAAAGAUGAUGGUGUUGAGAAUAAUUGCGACCAAAUGCUUGAUAUUGAAGACCAUGGGCAUGAUAACAACACAGACAGUACAUUGUUAGUGGAUGGUCAAAAUAGUGAAUCUCAAGGAAACAGCUAUCCCCCACCUGUUGUAGGAAUGGAAUUUGAAUCAUACGAUGAUGCUUACAAUUAUUAUAACUGCUAUGCUAAGGAAUUGGGAUUUGCCAUCAGGGUAAAAUCUUCAUGGACAAAACGUAACAGCAAGGAGAAACGUGGUGCAGUUCUCUGCUGCAACUGUGAGGGUUUUAAGACAAUGAAAGAAGCAAACAGUCGUAGAAAGGAAACAAGAACCGGUUGUCUAGCAAUGAUAAGGCUGAGGUUAGUGGAAUCUAAUAGGUGGAGGGUGGAUGAAGUCAAGCUUGAACACAACCACUCAUUUGAUCCUGAGAGAGCACAAAAUUCCAAGUCACACAAGAAGAUGGAUGCUGGGUCUAAGAGGAAGGUAGAGCCAACUCUUGAUGUGGAAGUACGGACAAUCAAAUUGUAUCGGACAGCUGCUGUAGAUCCACUUGGUUAUGGAAGCUCAAACUCUAAUGAAGGGGAUAGUAGCCACCCUAUAGAGAGGUUGAAGCGUUUGAAGCUUAAAAAAGGAGAUGCACAGGUCAUAUAUAAUUAUUUUUGUCGGGUUCAGCUGACAAAUCCAAAUUUUUUCUACUUGAUGGAUCUCACUGAUGAGGGGUUUUUGAAAAAUGUAUUUUGGAUUGAUUCGAGGUCAAGAGCUGCAUAUGCUUACUUUGGGGAUGUCAUUAUAUUUGACACAACAUGUCUGUCAAAUAAUUAUGAAAUUCCACUCUUUGCAUUUCUUGGAGUAAAUCACCAUGGGCAGUCUAUUCUGCUUGGUUGUGGUUUGCUUGCAGAUGAUACAUUUGAAACAUAUAUCUGGCUAUUCAGGGCAUGGCUCACAUGCAUGUUUGGUCGUCCUCCACAAACCAUCAUCACCAAACAGUGCAAGGUCAUGCAAAGUGCAAUUGCAGAGGUGUUUCCUAGGGCUCACCAUCGUCUUUGUUUGUCACAUGUUGUGCAAAGGGUUCUUGAGAAUUUAGGAGCACUGCAGGACUAUGAAGCAUUUCAGAUGGUGUUCAAUACAACUAUCUACGACACUUUAAAGGUGGAUGAAUUUGAAAUGGCUUGGGAAGCAAUGAAUCAACGCUUUGGAAUUGCAAAUCAUGAGUGGCUUCGAAGUUUGUAUGAAGAUCGGGAACGGUGGGCUCCAGCUUACUCCAAAGACACCUUUUUUGCUGGAAUGUCCACUUUCCAAAGAGGUGAGUCCAUGAUCCCAUUUUUUGAUGGUUGGGUGCACCGUCAAACAUCUUUAAGAGAGUUUUUUGACAUGUAUGAAUUAGUUUUAGAAAAGAAACAUCAGAAGGAAGCUCUUGAUGAUUUCGAGUCGAGAGAUUCAAGCUCCAUGUUGAGAACAAGCAGCUAUUAUGAGCUACAACUCUCCAAAUUGUAUACGAACGAAAUAUUCAGGAAAUUCCAAGAAGAGGUGGCGAUGAUGUCCUCGUGUUUUAGCAUCACACAGAUUCAUGCCAAUGGGUCAGUAGUUACAUAUAUGAUCAAAGAACGUGAGGCUGAGGAGAAUCUGAGCAAUGUUAGAAAUUUGGAGGUAUUGUAUGAUAAAUCAGGAGCAGAAGUUCGGUGCAAUUGUGGUUGUUUUAACUUCAAAGGUUACCUGUGCCGACAUGCGUUGUGCAUUCUGCACUACAAUGGGGUGGAGGAAAUCCCUUACCAAUAUAUUUUGGCAAGAUGGAGGAAGGAUUUUAAGCGGCUAUAUGUACCAGAUCUUGGGUCCAACAAUGUCGAUAUUGCUAACCCAGUUCAGUGGUUUGAUCAUCUGUACAAACGAGCAAUGCAAGUUGUUGAGGAAGGGAUGAUAUCUCAAGAUCAUUAUAUGGUUGCUUGGCAAGCUUUUAAAGAAUCUUUGAAUAAGGUCCGUCUUGUAGCAGACAAGCAUGUACAAAUUGAUCAUUAAUGAAAUCCAAAAAUUUUUUUAGAA